UACGGGAAUGCAAUAGCCAAGAUAAACAUUGGUAUUUUGAAGACUAUCUAUUUUUAAGGAAUUGGGUAUGCUGCUGCCGUAAUGUCUUGUUGGAUGAAUGUUUACUAUAUUGUCAUCCUUGCUUGGGCGGUAUUUUACUUCUUCAUGUCGAUGAGAGCAGAUGUUCCUUGGAGAACAUGUAACAAUUGGUGGAACACAGUGAACUGUGUCAGUCAAUAUGAAAGAAAAAAUUUGCUUUGCUGGGAUAAGUUUAUCAACGGCUCCACGCAAAAGGUUUGCUCUGUAUCUGCUGUGAACAUUACAUCUUUAGAACUCACAGAUCCAGUCAAAGAAUUUUGGGAGCGUCGAGCACUUCAAAUAUCGCAUGGUAUUGAGGAGAUUGGAAAUAUUCGCUGGGAGUUGGCUGGAACUUUAUUACUUGUUUGGAUCCUCUGCUACUUUUGUAUUUGGAAGGGAGUAAAAUGGACAGGGAAAGUAGUAUAUUUUACUGCCUUAUUUCCCUUGGAAAUUGGAAGGCAUUAAGUUUUAUAUAAUUCCAAACUUUUCCAAGUUGACUAAUUCUGAGGUAAAAGAGAUCUUUAUUAUUUUCAUAAGAAGUUAUAAAAGUAUAUCGCUUUGGUCGAGCUUUUCGCCUAUCAGAGACCCAUUACGCAGCAAGUGGGAUUGCAAACAAGAAUUUUUUUGACUUAUCGAUAGAAAUUUUGAAAAACAAUAAUAUAAUAAAAAACAAACAUGUAAAAAGUUACACCGUGACAGUUUUAGGCGUUUGAAUUGACGUGGCAACAUUUAGAA